AUGGCCGUGGUCCGCGAUCCCGCCUUCUGGCGCCGCUUCUCCAUGGCCGUCCACAUGGAUGAGGAAGCGCAGACGCAAUCGACCUCCUCCUCACCCACGCGGCCGGAUCUGAAGCAUUCAGACUCCUGGCUCUCGCGCCAGGAAAAGAAACGCUCGCGCCGCACCUGCAUCUGCUGGAUCUUCUGGCUGUGCUUCUUCAGCUUUGUGGCUGGGCUGGUCAUUGUGAUACUGUGGCUCAAGACUAGCGGAAUACUCGACAGUAUUAAGGUGGGCCAGCAGGAUGCUGCGAAGGGGGACUGA